CCGCGGACGCGCACGGAUGCUGCUGCCAUGACAACAGACCUUCACGUGCUCAGACACUGAUUUAAUAUUUAUUUAAUAUCUCGUUCGUCCUUUCCGUCACGAGAGGUCCAAGGAUCUGAUUCUGUGAGCUCAACAGGUCGAGUCUGAUGAUAAACGCGAUGUAAACUGUCAUUAUGGGAUGGAUGGGAUGGUGUUCGUGAAGGCACGAGGAAUAAAGCGCUUGUGACCCGAGGACGGACGCGCGUCCUGAGCUCAUUUCUCCAGCUAUUUGGGUCUGUUUCUCCUGUUGCGCAUCUCCAUGUGUGUCUGAUUAUGAUGACGCGCCCUCAAGCGUCUGAUCAUUGACCGAUGUGCGCGCGUGUGUUUGUCCUUGUCAUUGAUGAUGAACGUCCUGCAAGUGCCGCGUCUCUCCUUCACAUACCGUCUUAUAUAACAGCAUAUGUCGGACUGAGAGCGCGUGGCGUCACCGUGACAACCGGAUGCGGGAAUCCCUGGAUCAAGAAAUCUGUGACAGCUCGACGGCGGUGUCGGUUUCGGUGAUGAAGGCGCGGUUCGGAGCGCCUGGGCCUCAAGGGCGCGCGUGAGGCGAAAUCAUGCGAAAUGAUGGACGGGCGCGUCAAGGGCGAAGGGAGCGUCAUCGACGCGCGUUUAUUCGGCGGCUCAAGGGCGUUUAAACAUGAUGAGGACGCGUCGGAGGACAGCGCGGCGUGGAGAGGCGUCCUCUGGAGAAAGCGUAAAGGACUAUCCGUCGUUUUACCGGCUUUAAGGUCAAACUAACGUCAACUCGUUCUUCUUUUUCUAUACAGACCGUAAUGAACGAUCUCACACAGAUCAGACCUGCUGCGUUUAUUUGACAGAAGUUUAACACAGUCAUCAGAGAAAGGGUGCGGGCGGGCGCGCGCCUGUCAUUAUCGGUAUGGACGGGGCUGCAAGUGUCACUGCGGGUACCGCCGGUUCAACCGCCGGGGACUCUCGAAUCGUCCGAAACGGCGACUCCAAAAGGCGCAGUAAAAGCAGCCUGCCGUCUCCCGGCUACCGACUCUCACAGGCGUCCCUGGAGGGCGAUCGGGGUGAGUCGCUGCCCGGGCGACGCCGCCCAUCUAUCAUGAGCUCGACGCGCGACGGCGGGCCCUACCGCCCGUCAACGGCGGCGGGAACCCCGACCACCCCGCUGCCCCUCCCACUCACGGGCUCGGCCCCGCCCACCGUUCAGCGUUCCGUGGGUUUCGCCGCCUACCGUGCCGCUCUGGCGUCCACCUCCUCCACGGGCACCGGGAUGGUCGUGGUGGCCGCCGGACCCGAGACCACCACCACUACGGCGGCCGGGACCCCAGAGGCCUGUCCGGGCCUGGACGGAGAAGAUUACAGCUACUCGAACCAGUCCACCUUCAUCCAGCGCCAGUUUGGGGCGAUGCUGCAGCCGGGUGUCAACAAGUUCUCACUGCGCAUGUUCGGCAGUCACAAGGCCGUGGCGCUGGAGCAGGAGAGGCUCAAAUCAGCUGGAACCUGGAUCAUACACCCAUACAGCGACUUCAGGUUUUAUUGGGACCUCCUCAUGCUUCUGCUAAUGGUGGGAAACCUCAUCAUUCUUCCUGUGGGCAUCACGUUCUUCAAGGAUGAGAACACGCCUCCGUGGAUCAUUUUUAACGUGGUGUCAGAUACUCUCUUUCUUGUGGAUUUGGUGCUAAACUUUCGGACCGGAAUCGUGAAAGAGGACAGCACCGAGAUCCUACUGGACCCCAAAGCUAUCCGUCAGCGUUACCUGAAGAGCUGGUUUCUCGUGGACUUUGUGUCUUCGAUCCCAGUGGAUUACAUCUUCCUGAUGGUGGACCUGGAAGCUCGGCUGGACUCUGAGGUUUAUCGGACCGCUCGAGCGCUGCGGAUUGUUCGAUUCACAAAGAUUCUGAGCUUGCUGCGAUUACUGCGCCUGUCUCGACUCAUACGAUACAUCCACCAGUGGGAAGAGAUCUUCCACAUGACCUAUGACUUGGCCAGUGCGAUGGUGAGGAUCGUCAAUCUGAUUGGCAUGAUGCUUCUGCUGUGUCACUGGGACGGCUGUCUGCAGUUUCUGGUGCCCAUGCUGCAGGACUUCCCAUCUGACUGCUGGGUCUCUAAAAACAGUAUGGUGAAUGACACGUGGGGCGUGCAGUACUCCUACGCUCUGUUCAAGGCCAUGAGUCACAUGCUCUGCAUCGGCUACGGCGCUCAGGCCCCGGAGGGCAUGACGGAUGUUUGGUUAACCAUGCUGAGCAUGAUCGUGGGUGCCACCUGCUAUGCCAUGUUUAUCGGGCACGCGACGGCCCUCAUCCAGUCGCUGGACUCUUCACGCCGACAGUAUCAAGAGAAGUAUAAGCAGGUGGAGCAGUACAUGUCAUUCCAUAAACUACCAGCAGAUGUCAGACAGAAGAUCCAUGAGUAUUAUGAACAUCGAUACCAGGGCAAGAUGUUUGAUGAGGAGAACAUUCUGGGAGAGUUGAGCGAGCCGUUAAAAGAGGAAAUCGUGAGCUUCAACUGCCGCAGUCUGGUGGCUAACAUGCCACUUUUUGCUAACGCUGAUCCGAACUUCGUAACGGCAGUUCUCACAAAACUGAAAUUUGAAGUGUUCCAGCCCAACGACUUCAUCAUUCGCGAGGGAACCGUCGGCCGCAAAAUGUAUUUCAUCCAGCAUGGUCGGGUCAGCGUGCUGACACGCGGCAACAGAGAGACCAAACUCAGUGACGGCUCAUAUUUUGGAGAGAUCUGUCUGUUGACUCGUGGCAGAAGGACGGCAAGCGUCCGAGCAGACACGUACUGUCGACUUUACUCUUUGAGUGUGGACAGUUUCAACGAGGUUUUGGAAGAGCAUCCCAUGAUGAGACGGGCUUUUGAGACCGUGGCAGCUGACAGACUUGAUCGGAUUGGUAAGAAGAACUCUAUUUUGCUGCGCAAGACCUCUCAGGGAGGAUCUGUGGCAGGUAGCAGUUUGGGACGGGGUGGAGGCAGCCGCGGCGGGGGAGCAGGCGGUGCCGGCUUGGGUUCCUGUGACAGCAUGUUGGUUCAACAGAUCGUUAAGCAUGACAGUAUGCCCGCCAUGCAGGACCUUGCUGUUGGCAACCGCGGCAGCAGCGGAGGCACGGUCUCGCCACGCCCUCAUCCGGUGAUCUGGGCGCCUCUGGUCCACGCACCUCUCCAGACCGCGGCUGCCACAACCAACGUGGCUAUUGCCUUGAUGCAUCAGCAGCAGCAACAGCAGCAGUUACAGCAGCAGCUACAGCAGCAACAUGCCCUAGGAGCCGCAAUUUUCCUUCCCUCCACUCUUCCUAUUUCGCCCUCUCCCUUGCCCUGCCCUCUUUCACCUCCCCGUCCAGCCAUGCUGCACCCUAGGCAGUCAUUUAGCUCCCUUAUAGGUUUAAUGGGUGGACUGCCCUCCAGAGGAGUUCCGCCUUCUGUAACCCCCACGCCCUCCGCGAUGGGGCCGACUGCUAUGGGAGUGGCUACUGCCACAGUUGGAGGUGGUGGUGUCACAAAAACUCCACCUACACCUGCAUCUGCAGUUUCUGCCCCCCUGCAAGCAGGCAGAACUCUUCAUCACAAUUCCCGCUUUCACAUAGAACCCACAAAAGGGAGUCAGACAUCACCUCUCAAUAAAGCUGUGCCUCCCUCCUCAGCCGUUGCAGCGGUGUCCGGUGAAGGACGAAAUCUGGGUUCUAGUCAGCAGGGAGCUAAAGAGGCAUUACUGCGUCAUGUUGGAGGAGGCAGCACCCAGGGUCUCCCAAUGAUAGGUCGGCUUACUCAGGAGGCCAGAUUGCUCUCUGCCUCCCAACCAACUCUGCCUCAUCGUGGAUGGGCGGCUGUACAGCCUCACCCGCCGCUUCAUCGUAAAGCCUCUGGAGGAAACUUGCUGCCAGCACCCUUCUUUAUGUCCUCAGGACUUGCUAGAGGAGGGAGUGCAGGUGUUCUGAGCUCAAAUGUCCCACACCCCGGUGUAGCACAAACACCCAUUCAUACACCCCUGAUGUUGCCCUCUCAGUUGGCACAUGCACCUCCACUCACAGCAGUUCUAGGGUCCACUCUAUUACCUCUUGCCCCCUUCUCCUCCUCAAAACAGCCCCCGCUUUGUUCCACCAACCCCCCUUCAGCCUUUACACCCUCUGCUCUAAGUGUCUCUCAAAUCCCGCGCCCCAAACCUGGCUCUGCGAUAUUGACUCCUCCCUCAACAUCUCCUCCUCCCUCACUCUGCCCUCUUUCUACCUCUCAGUUGAUCUCCAGUUCUCCAGCUUCUUCCUCUGGCCCCUCUUUGGCACAGCACUCCCGCACCAAACUUCCUCAGACACCUCCACCUCCUUCACCGUUGUCUUGCACCACCAACUCAACACCCACCGUAACUCCUUCUCAAACUCCUAUUCAAACCCCUACCCAUACCAGGACCCCAACCCCAAUUCAAACUCCAAUUCAAACUCCCACACAAACUAGAAUACCAACCUCUGUUCAAGACCUGAUUAAGACCUCUUCCCAAACUCAAGCAUCAACUGUCACCCAGUCUAAAACAACAGCUGUCAUUCAAACCCAGUCCCAAGCCAGAUGUCCAACUCCUGUCCAGAUCCUCACAGCUACACAAACUCAAAUUCAGUCUAAUUCUUCAGUUCAGAGUCCAGUUUAUGUCCAACCCCAAGCAUCCAUGCAAACUCCAACUAAAACUCUAAACUCAACUUUGAGCCAGAGUACUGCAUUCCAGACCGCAGCUGCUGUCCCGGUUCUUGGGCCUCGUCAGCACAUUCACCAGGAUCCAGUCAAAGCCAGACCUCAACUCCCAUCAAUAGCCCCGCUCAGAGCAGACCUUCAACUCCUGUUCUAACACCUUCCCAGACACCUGUACAAACUCCUACCACUCAAACCUUAAAUACAUCUCAAGUUUCAAUUCCUAACCAAACCCAUGCCCUUAAACAAACUCAAUCUGUAAUAGCCCCUGAUGCUGCACCUUCUACUGCGUCACAUACUCUU